CCCCCUUCUCCCCUACAAUUUUUGCUCUGCAUUUAAAGGAUAACCAGAUAAAAGUUAAGAAACAUAAACAAAUUGUGAGAUUUUUAUAAAUUUGUCUCUGUUUUUAUUUAAAAAUAUCCGCGCAGAUUUUCUUUUUUUUAAAAGUCCAUUAGCUUCACUAGCUAGCAUAACCGUUAGCUAGGUUAGCUAUCAGACUUCCUGUUAGCAUCUUCCCGCCCUCAGAGAAAAUAUGAACUGUGUUCUGGAAGGAAAUGCUGUUAAAGCAUUUGGAAAGGCCAUUCACUCCCUGUCAAGGAUUGGAGAUGAGCUUUGUUUGGAUCCCAUGAGUAAAGGGCUGGCGCUGAGAUCUGUGAAUUCGGCUCAUUCUGCGUACGCCUGCUUCCUCUUCUCGCCGAUGUUCUUCCAGAAAUACAACCUGGGUCCAGAGCAGGGCAGUGAGACAGUCCAAUGCAAACUGCUCAUGAAGUCUAUUCUACCUCUCUUCCGGUGUUUGGCUACCAUUGAGCGUAGCGUGGAGCGAUGUCAGAUACAAAUCAACACUCCCAAUGACCGAGUGAAGAUCCAGUUUUUCUGCCGACACGGCAUCACUAAGACACACGACCUGUGUUUCGAGGAGAGUGAAGCUCUGCAGGCGGUGUUUGCUUCACAUCUCUGUCCCAACGUGCUGAAAGCCCCCGCCAGGGUUCUUGGUGAAAUGGUGAUGCACUUCCCCGUCUCCCAGGAGGAAAUCACUCUGUCUAUCACUCCUCUCAGAGUCAGUCUGAGAAAUUACUUUGAGGGUGGAAAUGAUCACAUGAAGAUUAUGUACACGGAGAUGUCUCUACACCCAGACGAGUUUGACUACUUUCAGAUCGGAGUGGAGUCGGAUAUAACCUUCUGUCUCAAGGAGCUCAGGGGUUUACUGUCCUUUGCAGAGUCACACUGCCUUCCAGUGUCCGUCCACUUCGGUGCCGCAGGAAAGCCUGUGUGUUUCUCAGUGGAGGAUAUGAUCCUGGAGGCCACCGUAGUUCUGUCCACUCUGAUCGACUCUGAGAGCCGGGGCCCCUCUCAGCCUGCAGAGACCCUCACUGUGGCCCCCAGGACCCCCACCAGGUGUGCAGAUGUUGUACCUGAGUCUCCAGGUGAGACAGACUGCAGGAAAGCUGCUGUCCCUGCUGGGAUGGAGCUGGUGGCCUCCAGUCAGGGCAGCCCCAUCGCAGACUCUGCUCUGCUGCUGCUGCUCCACCAUCUCUCUGAACCUCACUAUCAGGAGAGGGCCAACUCCACUCCUGCCUCCUCGAUUUGCUCGUUGCUGUUCAGGGCGAAGUCCCCAGAAUCAGGGGAGGGACUUCCUGUCCUGGCGUGUUGCAGCGAUGAAGAGGAGGCUGAGGAGGAAGAUGUGAUGAUGAUGAGGAGCCCGACACUCUGACAACAGUAGGACAUCCAACCGGUGUUAUUUAUUUAUUUAAAGAUUUGUAAGCAUGUUAGCUGAAGUGUUCAAACCGGUUUUAAACAGAGAAGAGUUUCCCGAAAAAUGUUCUGUUGGAAAUGUAGAAUAAUUAUUUAUAAAAGAAUGAAUAAAUGUAUUUAUUGUUCACAAUUUCAGUCUGUGAAAUGUAGGGGAUGAAAACGGUUCUAUAAGCGUACUUGUAAAAAACUCACCUCUUCAAUCUGGCUUUUAAUGUGUGAUUGUUUUUGUAUUAUUUGACUUUAACUAUAUAUUUAUUUGUUGUUCUUUUCACUAUAUCUGUAAAGCGUCUUUGAGCACCUGUAAAAGCGCUAACAAAUUAAAUCUAUUAUUAUUAUUAUUAUAAUGCAUUAAAAUCUGCUUAUUGAACAGUCUAAUUAUAGUUAUAAGGCUUUAAUACAAUCACCAUAAUUCAUCAUCAAGCAUUAAAUAAGGUAAAUAUCAUAAUUCUUUAUAAUUGCUGGUCACCCACUGACAUUGUUUUAGCCAGGAUCACUUUAUAAUAUCAUCUUGA